AUGUCCCCUCCUCACGUCUACCUCACCCUACCCUCGUUUCUCCCCUCUCUGCCCGCCAAUCUGCCGAUCGCGCUGCCUCCGCCGGUAAAAGAGCGCUCGUUUCGAUCACCUUUCGGCAUCGACAAGGACCUCUUCAACUUCGCCCUCCGUCCUGAGAUCCCUAUCACCUUCGCCGCUCUCUACCUCAUCACCGUCACCUCGCUCAAUGCAUACAACAAGAAUCGCAACUACAAGCCCUGGUGGAUCGCGAAACAGCGCUUCUUCCGGUGGUUCGUGGUGCUUCACAAUGCUCUCCUCACAAUCUACUCCGCCGCGACGUUCCUCGCAAUGUGUAGAGCAAUUGCGCAUACAUGGCCCGGAUGGAAUGCGCCGGCAGGCGCAGCUAGUAUAGCGGAUGCGCUGUGCAAGAUGCAUGGACCUCGGGGACUGGGCGACGCCGCUUCUUACAACACAACGAUCAAUAUCUGGGAGACCAAGAACACCUUGAUCAAGCUCGGCUACGACGGGAAUCCAGACCCGACCGAUGUGGGAAGACUCUGGAACGAAGGUCUGGCCUUCUGGGGUUGGAUGUUCUAUGUCAGCAAAUUCUAUGAAGUCUUGGACACUUUGAUAAUCUUGGCCAAGGGCAAGAGAAGCCCGACAUUGCAGACAUACCAUCACAGUGGUGCCAUGCUGUGCAUGUGGGCCGGUAUUCGAUACAUGAGUCCUCCUAUCUGGAUGUUUGUGUUCGUCAAUUCCUUCAUCCACGCGCUGAUGGUGAGUUCAGGACCCCCAAAGCUACGUGGAACAUUACUGAUGAUUUGCAGUACACUUACUUCACAUUGUCUGCUGUUGGCGUUCGCGUGCCAUCGACUCUCAAGAGAUCUCUCACCUCGCUGCAGAUUGCUCAAUUCCUGUGGGGAGCAUCCUACGCUGCAGCACACCUGUUCAUCAAGUAUGACAUGCCGAUUGCGACACCGUACCAAAUCGCGGCGACUGUCCAGUCUGCUUUUUCCAGCGUGAGCUCUGCAGCAUCAGCAGCAAGCUCCACUGCUUCAAAGGUUGUAGCGUCCCCAGCUGCUUCUGGCACUCUCGUGGCACUCGCAAAGAAGCUUCUUCUCCGCGCUGUUGGUGAGGAGGGUAUCGCAGAGCGCGUUACGAACGACCAAGGUCGACCGAUCACGCCAUACAUCGAAGAGAAGAUCGAACAGUUCAAGGAGAGGACGUCUCCCCAGUUCGAGACAGAGUGGCGUACGGACUGGACAAAGGUCAAUUGCAUCGACACCUCUGGCGAAGCUUUCGCGAUCUACCUGAAUCUUCUGUACCUGGCACCUCUUACGUUCCUCUUCGCUCGUUUCUUCAUCAGGGCAUACAGUGGACUUGGAAAGCCCAGGCGUGCAUCGCAUGCAGCGAAGCAAGCUGUUCAGUCCGGGAAAGUUGCGGCCGAGCGAACGGAAGUGACGAUGGAGAACCUCGGUCAAAGAGGCGAAGAGAUUAUCAAAAAGGAAGCGGCGCGGGCUAAGGUGGAUGCUAAGGACGUCCACGAGCAGCUGCGACGUGAUGUGCAGGCUAUGAAGAAUGGUACUUUUGGUCGAGAUCGCCGCGUUAGUGACCGCGUUCAGGACUUUGAGCGCCAGGUCAAGUCUGCCGCUACCAAGGCCAAGGAGGAAGGCAAGAAGCUCGUCAACGGCGGUGGCAGCCCACGAAGGGACUCGCCGAGCAAGAAGCAGACGGAUGUGUCAAGGUCCAACGAGCAGCAACAGGCUUCCGAGCCGUCAGAGCAGAGGCAGGAUUCCGUGGCUGAGGAAGCGGCCAAGAAACCGGCAGCUUCAAGUGAGCCUGAGCAGAAGCAGGAGGACAAUCUUGCCGCGUCUGAAGCAACCCGACCUGGUGUCGAAGAUGAAGACAAGGAGAAUCAAUCUCCGGUCGCGGCCGCUGGGGCCAGCCACGACGAACAAGGCGACAAGAGUUCUGCGGAGGCAGUCAAGGAAGGCGUGUCAGAAGACGAAGUACUAGACGACGGAGGCUCUUCACAACCGGAAACUGAAUCGAAGCAAGAUGAGAACCUUGCAGAGUCACAGCUGACAAGGGAAGAGGACACUGAUGCGAUGGGCAAGUCGGGCGCAAUUGUUGACUUUGCUGCUGACAAGGCAGAGGAAGCCACAAAAGCUGCAGAAGUAGAGCUGGAUGCUGAUGGCAAGCCCAUUUUCCGCCCGCCUGGCACAGUGCCGUCUUGA